AUGACUAUUGACAUUGAUUCUGAGGCCCCAUUGGAGCCAAUUCUCGUGCCUCGGAAGUCGUUCGAACGCAACCUGUCACACUCACGUUUGAGACACCAUAAUAUUGUGUACGCAACUGCUGAUAAAUCAAUUGAUAAAAGAUUUUCCUAUGAAUCGAAUUCAGACGAACAGCAUCACUGUAAUCCUACAGACAUGGUUCAUGUGGAAAGUCGUCAUCAUCCAAACAGGGAUAAUCCCUUGGCUGUCACUAUUUUGAAUUUAGCGACUGCUGUAUCCCAUGUGAUGCUAGGAGGUGUAAGCCUAGUGGCUAUAUCCUUCGCUAAUAUACUAACUUCGCCUGUAUCUGUGAAACAGCAUAUCUAUUUAUGUGUGAUUGGGUACGUGUUAUUACUCGCGCCUUCGAUACACACAAUAAAUGUCCACACGAGCUGGGCAAGAGCGUUCAAGCAUGAGGAUCGGAAGAUGGUUCACAUGGUCCUGCAGAUCCUUGGCUCCAUCCUCGCCCUCGCUGGUGGCAUCACCAGGAUAGCAGACACGGGAUACAUUGUUUGGAAUACCCAUGGGAUUUUUGGUUUCAUGGCAAUGAUGAUGACUACCUUAUCCCUUAUCGGAGGCCUAGCCAGCUUCAACUCUGGGAAAAUGAGUUUAAAUCCACACAUCCUGAAGAUAUUCCAUUCUAUUUCUGGAAGCAUGACCAUCUGUACGGCAUUUAUAGCUCUCAUCAUAGGCUUCCAUGAGUACUAUAGGCUGUUCUUGGGGAACGCUAAUGCUAAUAUGGUGAUCGCAUGUACUGUUAUAGGACUGCUUGGCACCCUUAUGGUACCAGCCGUCGGUAUUAUAAGGAGGCUUUCAGAAUUGUAG